GAUCCUCUCCCUUUUUCCACCUCUCUUGUUUUGCUCUUCAUAUCCUUUUCUUUUCUUUCUUUCUUUCUUUCAACCUCUUACAUUUCUUUUUAUUCAUAUUCAUCCAUGGAGUUGUAAGGAAUCCUUCUUUUGUUGUUAUCAACAACAUAAAAUUAAAUAAAAAGGAAGAAAAAAGAGGUUCAAUUUGCGAUCCAAACUAAAUAAAGGCUCAAAAGAAAUAGUAGUUGACAUGGCAACAUCAUUAAGGGGAAAAGAAAAGAGGGGGCAAACUCCUUCAAGUUCCAUCAUCAAGAAAAAUUCUUCAUCUUCAUCUGCAGAUAGCAAUGAAAAAACAAGGUCACCUACACCCUCCACUAAACCCAUUCCUAACUACCUCAGACCCACCAUUAGCUCAAGCCUCGAAUCUAAGAAACUCGGUACAGACAACUCAUCUUCUAGGCCUUCUUACACUAGGAGGAGAUCCUUUGACAAACCCCCACCAACCACUCAGCUUCAAAAGGCUGUUCGAGCUCCAACGAUUGGUGGGGCCCGCGACAUUAAGCCUGUUCGAUCAUCUUCCUUCUCGAACAAAUCGACAGAGAGACUUUAUGCUAGGACCUCGAGUUUGAAAAAUGGAAGUAAUAAGGCAGAACAACCUCAGUUGUCUAAGUGUAGGAGUCUCAAAAAGACUACUUUAUCAUCAAUGUCAUCCUCGUCUUCUAAAAAGAGUGCAAAAAGUGUGAACUCGGAGUCAAGUGUAGAUUGUGAUGAGAAUAGAUCAUCAGUGGAUCGGUUAGUGAUCAAGGAUAACGAUGAUGAAUUGGUGAAUAUAAAUGAUGAUGAUCAGGUUCUGUCGCUUCCUGAGAUAUCGGAGAUGCCUGACAGUAACGAGGAAUUGGGUGAUCCUGAUCUUACUAAUCUACAAGUGGAAGAAGUUAAACACAUUGCUGAAGAAUAUAAUACUGAUCAUGAUGUGCACAAAUCGAUUGUUGUUGAUCGGGUAGCAGAGGCUGAGAGUGGAAAAGUCGAGUCUGAUGGUGAGGCUCCAGGAGAACGGAAUCUGAUUGAUGAGGCUGACGAGAAGGCACCCCAGACGGACUCCCCUGAAACGCUGGUCGAAGAAAAAGGAGAGCCAGAAACUAAAACACAGGAUGAGACUCAGACAGUUAGCAGUCUGCGUGCAGAAACAGCUGCGGUUACAGAAUCUGAAACUAAGGAUGAGACUCAGACAGUAAGCAGUCUGCCUGCAGAAACCGAAACAAAGGAUGAGACACAAACUGUAGGCAUUCCGCCUGCGGAAACAGCUGCUAUUACUGGAACAGCAGCUGUGAAAACGACGCAGGCUUCUUCUGCGGGGAAGAAAGAUAAGCAAGAUUAUAAUGAUGUGAUCGAAGAAACUGCAACCAAACUUAUGGGGAAGAAGAACAGGAACAAGGUUUUGGCGUUAGCUGGUGCGUUUGAGACCGUCAUUUCUUUGCAAGACACGAACAAAAGCUGAUCUUAUGAUCAGUUCGAUCCUGCAGGCUGCAGGCUUACAUUGGAUUGAAGUGAGAAGAACAAAAGAAGAAAACAUUUUAUUCUUUGAUUUAUUUGUCUAUUUAGAUGUUGCUUGUCAAUUGUUUUUCUGAUUCUGCUAGAUUUGUUCAAGUUGGAAAACUAUGACAGUUUGCUUUGCUUCUCUUGGAUGCAUUGUCAUACAAAUUAUACUAUUUAAGAUGAUUGGAUUGUAAAUUUUGCUUUAAUCACAAUCUCUACACAAUUGGUAUUGUAUAUGAUUAAAGAAAAAAUUGAACAAAUUUGUGAAAAUUUUGGAACUUAAGUGUAUCUUCAUGCUUGGUUACCAACAAAAAAAAGGAGAA